GAUGACUGAUUUCACACUGUCCUCUUUGACAGUGUCUCUCUGUUGACCCGGUUUGAUGUGGAGUUGUCACAUGGAUUGAGAUCCAGAUGUUUGAUUUUCAGGGGUCUUCUAGAGGUCCUGCAGCUGGAUUUUGAGACAGAGGAGCAGAGUGAUCAAUUAGAGAGCCAGAUGGUCACGUGGCGACUGGAGUUGCCUGGAAACAUGAUUCGGGAUGAGGGGACGAUGAGGAUCUACACCAUCCAAAGAGACUACGUGGGCAUAGCGCCACUGAUCUCUGACACAGAGGUCCUAAACACAGCUGUGCUAACUGGAAAGAAGGUAUCUGUGCCUGUGAAGGUUUUGGGAGUGGAGGCUGACGGCUCCAUCACUGACAUCACCAACUCCUCUCGCUGCAGGUCUUCAGACCAGGAUGUCUUGAAGGUGUCCGAGAGAUGUGAUUUUGUGUAUGUCAGUGGUAAGGAGACACAUGGAAAGGUGAAGAUCAUGGUAAACUUCACCUACAGUUACCUGAGUGCUCAGCUGGAGAUGAGCGUGUGGAUGCCUCGACUCCCGCUGCAGAUCGAGAUGUCCGAUCCAGAGCUCAGUCAGAUCAAAGGCUGGAGGGUUCCUGUGACAGGGAACAAAAGAUUGAGCUGGGACACCGAGGAAGAUGAUGAGAGGAAGGGCCGAGGCUGCAUGUUGCAAUAUCAGCACAGUUUGAUUCGAGUGCUCACAGUCUUCACCGCAGACCCGUCAGAUCCGAGCAGCCCAUCUCCGGCGUACUUCCUUGGUGCCAGUUGGCAGGUGGAUGUGACGCGGCUGGUGCGCUACUUUCUGAAAGUGGGGGAUACGAGCGUGGCACGCCUGCAGUCUGGAAACGUUCUGACGGGCAGGGCUGUGGGAGUCACCACUGUGCAGGUGAUGUCCCCGUUGUCAGACUCGGUUCUGGCUGAGAGGAUGGUCCGGGUUCUGGAUGAUAAAGUCAGUAUUACAGAGUUGGGAGUGCAGCUGGUUUCCGGUCUUUCACUGAACCUUCAGCUCAGCCCGGGAAGCAACCGGGCCAUAGUUGCCAAGACGGCCACACAGGAGACCAUGCACAACCCUAAACAGGAGGCCGUGGUUGGCUGCUGGCUACAGUUCAGCGAUGGCUCCCAGACCCCUCUCGAUCUGUACGAUCCUAGUGGGUAUUUUCUUACCAUCACGUCACUGGACACACACGUAGUGUCCGUACGGCAGAUAUCGGAUUCUGUCUUUGUUGUCGUUGCGGAGGCAGAGGGACAGGGCCUACUGCUCAGAGCAGAGCUCGCCAUCUGUGAGGCGUGUCAGAAAUCCAAACGCAAGAGCAAAUUAGCUGUGGGUGGAGGCACUGUGAGGAUCAAAUUCCCAAUGGAUGAGCAACUCGCAGGGAAUGGCAAGAAAGGCAUUGAUGCUAGACUGGAGAGUGAGCAUAUCAGUGACUCUAAACUGAUCCCUACAUCUCCUGUCAACCCUGUGAGAAUCCUCAAAAACACUCUACAGCAUGCUGGUUUCCAAGAAACCACUACUAGUGAGAUCAAAGCAGUAACCAAGUUUGACUUGCAAGAAGCAAUGGGGGUUGCUGUAUCCACGAUUAAGUCAAUAAACAGCAUGGAGAAGACUCCCAUUACCAAGCCCGUUGCCGACAAAGCUCUUGUAACCACAGCCCCCAGAAAUCAAGAAAAAAAUGGUUACGGAAACCUGGUAAAGAACUCCGAUUUCCCUUUGCAAGUAGAAGAACCCAAGCAGGAAGUGGAAAGUGAUCUGAUUCAGAUAUUCGGCAUGUUCGCUGACAUAGAGGUCUGCAUCUAUGCAUCGAUCGGAGUCUUGUGCUUGGCCAUGAUAGCCGUCUUGCUCAACUGUGCCACGCACAAUUCAAGAUCACGCACCAAGAAAUCUCCAGUUCAGAGCCAGAUACAAUCUGAACACAAGCAUCACUGGGUGAGGGUGGGCACGGCUGCAGAGCAAUGCAGAGCUGCGCCAAUCGCAACCACCUGCAAGCAGGAGAUGCACACGGCUGUGGAGAUGCCAAGAACUGUUCAGAUGCAAAACAGCACAGAGCUUCCCAGAGGUACUGAAAUGAUCCAGUCACGAGACACACCAGUCAUCACAGGUGAGGAAAGGACUGCCACUUUGGGAAGAAGAACCAACACUCUUCCACUAAGGCGUGAUCCUACGGCUUUCAGAUCAGCCACUCUUCUUGCGAAGCCCGUUCGGAGUGAACCUCUACAUUCUCCCACAAGCAAGAGGAAUCAAGUCCAGUUCACGACCUUCACUACUCUGGACAUCAAACAUCUAGCCGCUCUCAAGAAGAGUGGUCAGGACUUUGGCUGGGCCAACCAGGCAGGUAAAGUUAGUCAGGAUACCAGUAAUGGUCAGGUUGAGAGAACCAAUCGUGUGAACAUAUGUAGUCAGGUGGAUGGGUCUGUUCCACCAGUGGGCUCCAGAGGGUUUCUUCCUGAAGGUCCGUGGCCUGUCGCGACACCAGUGUCCCAAGUGUGAUGCUGUAUUUGUGUAGCGAAUGUGUGAAACAAAACGUGCAUUACGCCGACCCUUCUCACAUUUUUAACUUUUACUGCUUUUGUAUACGUUUUACAAUUUUUGCAUUUGGCAGUUGCUUUUAUCCAAAGCAACUUACACAUUUUUAUCAGUAUGUGUGUUCCCUGGGUUUAAACCCAUGACUUUUUGCACUGCUAAUACCACUGAGCUAUGCAGGACACCAGUGUACACUUGGUUUCCAGAACAGGGCUUAUCCUAGACCCAGACUAAAAUGGAUGGUUGAGCUGCCUUAAUUUUAAAACAUCUUGCACUGACAUAUCUUAACAUAUAUCAGUGCUAUAGUUUUGUUUCAAGAUGCUCACCAGUAUUGUUUUUGUAAGCUAUGUUUGUUAAAACUCCUAAAAUGUCCUAGUAUAACUAAGACCUAGUCCUAGAUUAACCUAAACCUUAUCUGGGAAACCAACCCAAAAUGUUUUUCACUUAAACAUUUAAGUUGAAAAAACAUACUUUUUUAGGUGUUACCAAUUGAAGUAAUUUUUUAAAGGGACACUCUACUUUUUUUUAAAUAUACUAA